AUGCUUGCGAUCGAAGGUCACUAUGGGUAUUCUUGCGGUGAAUGCAAGUUUACGGUUCACGUGAACUGUGCGUUUCUGUUCAGGAAAUACGAGAAAUUCGAUCACCCUGCACAUGAUGGACAUUACCUUAAGCUUCUCACAACAGGAGCUCCUAAUCACACCGAUCAAAAGUGCCAUAUUUGUGGUAAAAACACUAAGCUCCUUCUUUUUCAUUGUUCCACUUGUAACCUCAACUUGGAUGUGGACUGUGUGGUUGAAGCCUUGUGUGCUCGAGCCCAUCUGAUUAAGCCUUGGCAUCAUCAUCCUCUACGCAUGGUUGAUUUAUCUAAUACUAUGAAAUGUGAUAUAUGUCACAUGGGCAGCGAAUAUGGCUAUUUUUGCGCCCGUUGUAGGUUGGUGAUUCAUAAGGGAUGCGUCUCAACACUUGACUCACUAGAGAUCACCCACACUUGUCAUGUGAGACAUACUAUGAAGCUUCUCACUAAUGGUGCUCCUGAUUACACAGAUCCAGAAUGUCAUAUAUGUGGAGCUUAUACUGGCAAUGUACUUUAUCAUUGUGAUAAGUGUAAAUUCAACUUGGAUCUGUGUUGUGCGAUUUAUUAUCCCCCACCAGUUGUUAUGUCAGAUCUAAAGAUCCAUGAGCAUCCACUCACACUCAUGCCAAGAUUGAUCUCUUUCGUUUGUGAUGCUUGUGGGCUGAAAGGAGACCGUGCUCCUUAUGUUUGUCUUCAAUGUGAUUUCAUGAUCAUCCAUAAAGAAUGUGGUGCAUUACCACAUACCAUUCACGUCAAUCGCCAUGAUCAUCGUGUUUCUUACACUUAUCCUCUAGGUCCUGGGGAAUGGAAGUGUGGCUUUUGUUGGGAAGAGAUUGAUUGGUCGUAUGGGGCUUAUUCUUGUUCCAAGUGUCCUGACUAUGCUGUUCAUCCAAAAUGUGCAACAAGGGAUGACGUGUGGGACGGGGAAGAGCUUGAUGGGGUACCUGAAGAAGUUGAAGACAUUGAGCCAUUCAAAAUAAAUGAAGACAACACAAUAACCCAUUUCGCUCAUGAACAUAACUUGCGCCUCAAGAAAGACGACGUUGCUUUUGACGAGAGCAUCUUGUGUAGCGCAUGUGUUAGUCCCAUCGGUUCUAACACAUUCUACAAGUGUUCGGAUUGUGAUUUCAUUCUUCAUGAAACAUGUGCUAAUUUUCCGAAGAAGAAACGACAUUUUCUAAGUCCAAAACCUCUCGCUCUACACACCAAUUUAUCUGACAACAAAGACUGCAAUGCUUGUCGCCAAAUUUGCUGCAAGGGUUUCGUGUAUACUGAUGAGUAUAAGAGCUUCGAUUUACUAUGCAUGUCAAUCACACAGCCUUUUCUCCAUGGAUGUCAUCCACAUCCUUUGCUCUACAUGAAAGUUGAUUUUGAUGAUCCGGUGAUAAGGACAUGUCAGUGUUGCGGCAUCCGUGCACAAGGGAACGUCCUAGGUUGCGUCAAAUGCGAUUUCUAUUUGGAUUUUCGUUGCGCCACUCUACCGUUAACAGUAAGACUUCACAGGUAUGAUGAUCAUGCACUCACUCUUUGUUACGAUGGAAAGGCAAGCGACAAAUGUUGGUGUGACGUUUGUGAAAGAAGAACAAUUCCAAACACUUGGUUCUACACUUGUAAAGAUUGUGGAGGUACGUUUCAUGUUUUAUGUGUAGUUGGAGACAUCAAGUAUGCAAAACCAGGAGCAAAUUUUGGUGGCUCGAUGGAAGUCUUGGCUAAUAAUAGAUCUUCACGACCAAUUUGCAGCGAAUGUCAUUGUCGUUGCCCAGGUCCCUAUAUUCUUCGGGAAAUUGAGGACACAAACAUACUCUUUUGUUCUAGUUAUUGCAGGAUACUUUUCCGCUCAAAGGAUAAUUACUUGUUUGGCUUCUUUUCGUAUGGCAUAUGCCCUCCGUGGCUGUAUGAUUCAGAUAUUUUGAAAAAUUUGUAA